UAGAAAAUUGCCAGGGGUUUUUAAAUUGAGCAAUUGUAAAUUCAACUCAUGGAGACUGUGUAUUUUUUAACAUUAAAAACAAAAAUAAACAAGUAUCACUUAAAUUUUUGUUGUUGUGUAGAACUCUUUAAAUUGCUGUAUGCUUUCACACGGAAAAAUGUUAUAGUUAUUUUUGUUUUUUGCUAAAAAGUAAGUUUUGUUCGAAGAUCAGUAGGGAUAAAGGCCAAAAACGGUCAGUAGUUCGUUUCCGUCCUUCUUCGAGUCGAUGUCCCUCGACGAUUGGUUCUGUUUUUCUAUCACAUGGUUAUUGCAUUUGAAAAAGUCGGGGAAAAACAAUAGUUUCAGCAGUUCGAAGCUAAGAGCUAGCUAAUAAAAAUAGCACAAUGGUCAAAAACUGAGGGAUGUCGAACGCGUGUCAAGAUUUUAAUCCGCGUCUGUCCAAAUUGGCCGGAGGGCGGCUAGUCUGGCUAGAGUGCUAGCCGGUAUUGAUUAUCGCUGUGCCCGUCGCCGUCGUCGCGGAAGACCCAUCCAUUCUGAACGCCGGUGUCAUAUUAUGGAACUCAAAUGUUUGGAAUGUUCUAUAGACGUAAUAAGGAAGAGAAGGAGGAGGUCCCAGAAGGGCUCGAAGACUGGGAAGUCGCCAGGAAUGUGAUACAGAACGUGCUCAACAACAAUAUUGAAGCCGCCGAGCAGCUUUGCAGAGACAGAAAAAAAUCCGUCCAGUUGGAAAUCGCUCACUGCUAUACGCUAUUCAUGAAUGCAAUGAUGACAUUUGAAGAGGAGAACAUGACCAAGGCAUGCCAGGCCCUCAAAGAGCUUGAAUCCAAAUGUGCUUAUAAUCUCAGUUGGUUUAAAGCAGUGAAAACACGUGUAUUUGGCUCUUCUGAGAUGGGAAGUCCGUAUGACUUAUUGGAACAACAGAUCAUCUUAGCCGACUGCCAUGUCUGUCAAGCCUUUCUCAACAUGAUAAUGCAAGACUCGACAGCCAGUUAUGUGAAAGGCGGCUGGUUGUUGAAAAAGGCCUGGAGCCUCUACCUGAGCGUCUAUUCAAAUAUUUCCGUUCAGUACAAGAAAUGUUUCGGAUCCGAAAUAAAUUUAGUCCCUCCAGGAAGAAAGAUAGUUGUCAGCAAAUCUAUCGGUUUCGUGCAAACGUGCUCAGAAAGACAAUCCAAUACCAGCAUGGUACAUUCGAUCUCUUCGAUGCAUCCUAUUGCCGGAUCCAAGGAAAGUAUCAACAUUUCAAACAUACCUGACGAUGAUGAACAGCAUCACCAUUAUUAUGAUGCGCCUGAUGUACAAACAUUAAAAAAUAUACCUGAAAGCCAAAACCCUACGGAUAUUGCAAGGCUGACGAGAGCUGUUUGCUUCGGAUACGGGCUGUUCCACCUGUGUGUUUCUCUUCUGCCUCCGUCUGUUUUGCGAUUCAUCUCUUUAAUAGGUUUUGUGGGUGAUCGAGUGGCAGGUCUCAAGUCGCUCGAGUUCGCUAGGCAAGGGCCGGACGUGAGAGCACCUCUCGCUACGAUUGCACUGCUUUGGUACUAUACGAUUAUCAACCCUCUAUUGGCUCUCGAGCCCGGUGACAUUGUUAGUACGAUUCAAUGUGCUGAUAUUAUUAUGGAAGACUCUAAAAAAGAAUUUGCAAAUUCAGCACUGUUCUAUUUCUUCAAAGGAAGAAUUUUCAGGCUGAAGAAUGAAGUUAAUAGUGCAGUAGGUGUUUACACUGCGGCAAUAAACCUUUCUGGACAGCGAGAGCUGUCGCUAUUAUGCCUGCACGAGGUUGGUUGGUGCCGACUGAUGCAAUUGGACUUUCAAUCUGCCUUGCAUGCCUUCUCCCAGCUGAAAGAGCAAUCAAGGUGGAGUCGGGUAUUCUACACGUAUUUAUCUGCUGUAUGCUGUGGCUGUAUUAACGAGAUGCAUCAUGUCGCCCAUCUAACGCAAAUCUUGAAACAGAAAUCUAAGAUGAGAUUCUCUCAGCUUGAUCAGCUGAUUUUGCACAGGCUUGUUUUUCUCAUGCCGACCAAGACUCCACAUUUUUACAGGCUUUUGGCCUAUGAAAUGCUCUAUUUGUGGAACAGCAUGCCUGGAAAGGAAGGGCUUAAUUCAAUUUUAAAUGAUAUUGAAUCAAAUGCCAAAUCAUUACCAAGUAAGAAAGUAAUGGAGCCGAUGGUUGGUUUGUCAGCCCUCUUGGCUGGGGUCUGUCUGACAUAUCUCAACAGGGACGAGGAAGCUGUCAGUAUGCUCGCCUCGGUCAGAAUGAGCCGGAUCGAAGAAGAAAAACGUUAUAAAUCAAGAGCAGAUCUGCAUAUUAGCGCUUUUGCGCUUUAUGAAAUAGGCAUGAUCUGCUUCAAAAAGAAAAAGAUGAGUGAUGCAAAACUUGUUUUGGAUUCGAUUGUAUCGGUGUACACAAACUACGAUUUUGAGCAUCGCCUCAAGAUGAAGAUACAAACUACUUUAAAGGCCAUCCAAGAUUGUGAAUUUUCUUAAAAUCGGAGAGGCUUUCUUUUAUGGAAAAAUUUUAUCUCCUUU